AUGUCUGCGUUGUUAGUCUUGAAAAAGCGCCUUAGCGCUUGCCGUCGGCCCUCUCAGUUUCGGUUGGAAACCAGUUUAAACCCAAUGGAUACUUUUUAUUUGUUGAAAAAUACAAAGUGGUCUUGGAUUCACCUUCAAUAUAUUCUCCUUUUGGGUGUUCUUGCCUUCUGCUUUGCCGUUGUUCAGUUUCCAGGCUUUUGGGGAAAGAUAUUUUUUACUAUUUUGUUAGGUACCGCUCUGACUGUUCCUUUAACCCGACAAAUCUUUUUCCCUGCUAUUGUCAUUAUUACUUGGGCCAUUUUAUUUUAUUCAUGUCGUUUCGUUCCUGAGCGCUGGCGACCUCCUAUCUGGGUUCGUGUUCUUCCAACGCUUGAGAACAUUCUUUAUGGGUCCAAUCUCUCAGAUAUUUUAUCUAAAAGCACACAUAGCAUCUUAGAUGUCCUUGCUUGGCUUCCUUACGGUGUCGUUCAUUACUCAGCUCCCAUCGUUAUAUCAUUUGUUCUGUUCAUUUUUGCUCCCCCAGGAACUCUUCCUGUGUGGGCUCGUACUUUUGGUUACAUGAAUUUGACCGGUGUUCUCAUUCAAAUGAUAUUUCCUUGUUCUCCUCCUUGGUACGAGGAUAUGUAUGGACUUACACCGGCUACAUAUUCGAUUCGAGGUUCCCCUGGUGGUCUCGCUAGAAUUGAUGCAUUAUUUGGUACAUCAACCUAUACGACCGGGUUCAACAAUUCACCUAUUGUUUUCGGUGCUUUUCCUUCCUUACAUGCUGGAUGGGCUAUGCUUGAAGCUCUAUUCCUUUCUCAUGUUUUUCCCGCAUAUCGCUUCCCUUUUUACUUUUACGUAUGUUGGCUUUGUUGGUGUACAAUGUAUUUGAACCAUCACUACUUUGUGGAUCUAGUGGGUGGCAUGUGCUUGGCAUUCACUUGCUUUGUCAUUGCUCAAAAGUUGCGCUUACCUCAGGUACAGACUGGCAAAAUCUUGCGUUGGGAAUAUGAGUUUGUUAUUCACGGUCAUGGACUGUCCGAAAAAUCCAACUCGAACAUGGUUAACACUGGCAGUCCCUACCUUCUUGGCAGAGAUUCAUUCGAGCAAAAUCCAAGUGCUGUCGCAUUUUUGAAUGGAUUAAACAACUUGGAACUUGCUGAUGUUGACCAUGAUUGGUCGAUUGAUUCUUCUUCGUCUUCAAGAUUGCCUAGUCCAGCCAAUGCUUCCACAGGCAAAGGAUCCAAUGUGUCAUCAUCUAUUUUUGAUGCGAGUCACAUACCUUAA